AAGGUGCUUCCAGUUGCACCUGGACAACUGCCCUCCGAUCCAUCCAUUUAAGCCCUCGGUUCUCGAGUCUUCCACAGACUCGCUCUCGCUGCUCGCCUUCUCUUCCGACUUCUCCACUCGCGUCGCACGCAGGGGUCGCCUGAGAUCACAUAGACAAUGGUGAAGGCUGUCGCUGUCCUCGCUGGCAGUGAUGUCAAGGGCACCAUCUUCUUUUCCCAAGAGGGAGAUGGUCCAACCACCGUGACCGGAAGUAUCUCUGGGCUCAAGCCGGGGCUCCAUGGGUUCCAUGUGCAUGCGCUUGGUGACACCACCAAUGGCUGCAUGUCCACUGGUACCUACAUCUCUUUCCCCUGUUAUGUAUCAGGGCAAGUGGAUAUGCUGUGCUUACGGGGUAAAUUAUUUUGUGCUGCAGGGCCACACUUCAAUCCUGCUGGUAAGGAGCAUGGUGCACCAGAAGAUGAGAAUCGCCAUGCCGGUGAUCUUGGGAAUGUGACAACUGGUGAAGAUGGUGUUGCUAAUGUCGAUAUUACUGACUGCCAGAUUCCCCUCACUGGGCCACACUCAAUCAUUGGCCGAGCUGUAGUUGUCCAUGCCGAUCCUGAUGACCUUGGCAAGGGUGGACAUGAGCUUAGCAAGAGCACGGGAAAUGCUGGUGGCCGUGUUGCCUGUGGUAUCAUUGGGCUCCAGGGCUAAAUGCUGUCUUCGUUGGCAAACAUUCACAUCUGAGCACCUCCGGUCUUGCUGCUUCAUUUCCCUUAUAUUGGAUACUUAAUUGGCUACACUUAAUAAUCGCCUGAUCAAUGGUCAGAGCACUAUUCCCAUCAUUCCAGUGUAUGAACAUUGCACAACUAUCAUUUGGCUUUAGUGCGAAGUGGCUGUUUUGGAAAAUGUUUUGUGGAUUUUUUUAUGGGUUGUCUGAUGUACUAUUAUUGAAGUAUAAGUAAAUUGCCCACCUCUCCGCUA